AUGCUUCACGAGCCCCCUAUGCCAGCCACCUCUUCACCUAUGGAACAGCGCAUCGAAGACACUGAAUGCGCCAUCCAAACCCUCUACGAAGGCGACCCCAAAUUCAUCUGCUGCAAGAACUGGAUCGAGACCCCCCCCAACCGACCUCCGCCAGCCCCGUUCUACAAUACCGAGCACGACGAAUGCUUCUAUCGUGUGGACAGUUCGAACUACUACGGUCCCAAAGAUCAGGAAUACUUCGAGAUGGCCGCGCGCUCGGUCGACUGGAAUGGCGCGCGCUUCGGGUAUUGCCAUCAAAAGCUCCGCGUGGACUGGUUCUCCGGCACGCGUGAGAUUCGAGGGCUGGUUGUGUAUCCGGCGUCCUUCCAUCCAGCCCAGAAGGAGGCAGAGACCAAAGCGCUUGCGCGCGGGAAACGGUUUCGUGAGCUCGCGGGGCGGCAUUAUAUGGCUUAUUCUGGGGUGAUGCGAUACGGGACCGCGGAGACCCAGUAUCAGAGAUAUAUGGAGGGGCGCAUUGUCGUCGACGCGGACGAGUAUCUGCACGCCAAUCCGACCAAGGGCGUUCCCCUUGAGCUCCUGAAUGCGGAGUCAACGGCUCAAGGAUUGCUCUGCUUCAUUACACCCGAGCGUUACAACACCCCCCAGGGGUUCUCUGCAAGGCCAGGUCCUGCUGCGGGUCCGGAAGCUGAAGGGAAAGACAAAGUACUCACAGAGGCGGACCUUCUCCUUUGUGAGCCACAGGUGCUGGGCUACUCGCUCCAGCACAAGAUUUGGGGUGCCUUCAACGUCAACGACAUCGUCCCCAUCGCGUGGAACGACACCGCGUUCUCGUCGUUGAUGCUUCCCUCCGGCUACAAGGAUCUGGUCCUGUCUUUCGUCGAGGAUCAAGCAGGGCACAGAGACGUCUUCGACGAUGUCAUCGAGGGCAAAGGGCAAGGUAUUAUCAUGUUUCUGGUUGGGAGCCCGGAAACGGGGAAGACCUUGACCGCCGAGGUCAUUGCUGAUCAGGUGCGCAAGCCGCUGUAUGCCAUGAGCGCGGGCGAGUUGGGCCAGCAGGCGGAGAACGUGGAGUGCCGGCUGAACACGGUGCUGGAGCUCACGGAGGAAUGGGAACGUCAGUUCCAGCAGAAUGAGGUGGUGGCUGUUUUUCUUCGAUGCCUCGAAUACUACCGUGGGAUCAUGAUCAUGACCUCAAACCGUGCGGACGCGAUCGUUCGAGCCUUUCAGAGUCGGAUCCACCUCACCUUACACUAUCCGGACCUGGGUGUGGCUGCGAAAGAACAGAUCUGGCGACGGUGUAUGGCCCGUGUCAGGUGUCAGCAUGCCUUGACCGAUGAGGAGUUUCAACAGCUGGCACUGGUCGCGAUCAAUGGACGGCAGAUCAAGAACACCGUCAGGGUGGCGGCGCUGCUUGCGGCGCAGAGAGCUAUGAGGCUGGGGGUGGAGCAGAUCUAUCUUGUGCUUCGGGCCACGCGGAUGAUUGGGGCCUAG